AUGCCCUCCGAACUGGAAGAGCUCGUGGAAUUCCUCCACCAUGGCAACACCCAAAUUCGUCAAAUCGCUGCCGAGAAUCUCGUCGGCUUCUCGACCGCACAGCCGGACCUGUUCAAGCGUCACCAAUUGCUCCCCGUCCGCGAUCUGAAGCUGUUGGUCCGCGAUUAUACGGCCAUCGCAAAGAAUGCGUUGAUUAUGCUGGUGAACCUGUCCAGUGACGAGGAGGUGCUCAAACUUCUGUCCGACGAUGAUAAAUUCCUGGAGGAUUUGCUGGUGAAAUUGACGAAUGAUAAGGAGCCCAAUGCCGAUGAAGUGGCAAUGCUAUUGGCCAAUCUGAUCAAGUCCGAAAACCUCCAGCGACUGUUCACCGUCAAGCGGCAAGCCCCCAAGUCGGUGUCGACAUCAGAGAACGCGAUUGAUCAGAUCAUGGACUGUUUCGUCAAGGGCGCCGAGGGGGCCCUCAACAAGCAUGCCAACUAUGAUUACCUGUCCUACCUCUUCGCCGACUUGUCCCAGACCGAGAAGGGCCGAGCUUAUUUCCUAGAGCGCCAGGACUACGACGGGGUGGUUCCCAUCACCAAGUUGACGGUAUUCACAGAGCAUAGUAGCGACAUCCGGAGGAAGGGUGUCGCCUCCACUCUCAAGAAUGUUGCCUUCGAGGUCGACUCCCAUCCCAUGCUCUUCGCCGAAGAUGGGGCCAACCUCCUCCCCUACUUGCUGCUCCCGCUCGCCGGCCCGGAGGAAUUGUCGGAUGAGGAUACCGCGGAUAUGCUCCCUGAUCUGCAAUUGCUGCCCCCCGACAAGCAGCGGGACAGUGACCCCACCAUUAUCAUGACGCAUCUUGAGACACUGUGUCUGCUCACCACCACUCGCGAGGGUCGAGACCUGAUGCGCGCGGUUAAGGUGUAUCCAUUGAUCCGCGAGACCCAUCUGCGCGUCGAGGAUGAAAAUGUGCAGGAGGCGUGCGAUCGGCUGGUUCAAGUGCUGAUGCGAGACGAGGAGGGUGAAGGGCAAGAUGCCGAGCCACCGGCCGAGCCCACCCCAGCCGCAGACGAGGAUGACAAGGUUGUGGAACUGAGCUACAAUUACAAAGAGAAAUACUACCGGUAUUUCGUCAUACCCCCCACCACGACGACCAAUAUUCCACUGCGAACGCGGAAGCUGUCUUGCCCCUCUCCGAGGCGCGAGUGGCUUCCCGCUGAAAACACUGACUCUCACCUGGAUGAUUGGAGCGACAAUGGACCCUGUGAUUCAGACGAUAAUCUUUCGGUGAAUGAAGGGACCGGUCCAAAUCCUUGGGUCUUUAUGUCGCAAGCCCCUCUUCUCCGCUCGUCGCCCGCGGGUUCGUCAUAUGGAGCGUUACAAGAUUCGGACUCGGAGGAUACGAGAGAGACGACGCACAACCAUGCCCAGGAAGCUCGAUUACAACGCGCAAGUUUCGAAAAUGGCGGAAGCUCCUCGAACACACGAAGCCACGGUCCACGACGGUCAGCUUCCUUUGGCAGGCGACGGAAUAGCAUGUACGCAGAAAGACAUAAACGUCGGCCGUCAUCGGCCACAUCCGACGUUGGAAUGGGUGCCGAUUCCAAAUACUCCUUCGCCACUGGACUGGCGGUACCGGGUAACCCGGUGAUGCAAGAAACCCCAUUGUCUUCGCCCUAUAUGACCAGUGACGACGACGACGUCCUCGACAUCGACGAUGAAGAUCCCAAAAAUCUCGACGAGGAUCCUCCGGAUAAUUCGCCCUAUGCUCAGGUGCGAGCCUCGGUCCCGGCAACAGAUAAUGUCUCUCUUUCGAUCAACACACCUCGGAUGUGGCUUCUGUCGCUUUUAUUUUCCCUGACUGGAUCAGCUGCCAACCUGUUCUUUUCUCUGCGAUAUCCCAGUGUUGCAAUCACCCCAAUUAUCGCUCUCGUCCUAGUUCAUCCGCUGGGCAAGUGUUGGGAUGUAGUCUUCAAACAAACCAGCGAUCCUUUUGAGGUCUUCGAGAAUGGCUCCCUUCAUCAUCGAGAGCCACGUUCCGGGGAGAUCGAGGCUCCCCCAAUCCCACUGCUGUCUCGAGUCAGAUUGUGGUUUGGCCAAGGUCGUUGGAAUGAAAAAGAGCAUGCUUGUGUCUACAUAAGCAGCAACGUUUCCUUCGGAUUUGCCUUUGCUACCGAUGUCAUUGUUGAGCAGCACAAAUUCUACAAACAGGAUGUUCCCAUCAUUUACCAGCUGUUACUGAUUAUAUCCACUCAAGUCCUGGGGUAUGCAUUUGCGGGACUUACAAGAAGGUUUCUUGUGCGACCAUCGGCUAUGAUUUGGCCAGGGACACUGAUGUCUACAGCUAUGUUCUCCACGAUGCAUAAAUCAGUGAACAAAAAAGCCAAUGGCUGGACCAUCUCUCGAUACAGAUUCUUCGUCAUUGUUUGGGCGGGUGCCUUUCUCUGGUAUUUUGUUCCCGGCCUGUUGAUGCCUGCGCUAAGCUACUUCAAUGUGAUCACCUGGCUGGCACCCAAGAACGUUGUGAUUUCAAACUUGUUUGGCGUUGCCUCGGGACUUGGAAUGUUUCCCGUGACCUUUGAUUGGGCACAAAUUGCGUAUAUUGGCUCCCCUCUCCUCACACCUUGGUGGGCUGCAGCCAACAUCGUGACGGGACUAGUGGUGGUCAUUUGGGCUGCCGCUCCAAUACUCUACUACAAAAAUGUCCUCUUCUCCGCCUAUAUGCCCAUUCUUUCCACGGCAGUUUUUGACAACACUGGACGACCAUACAACGUGAGCCGGAUCCUGACUACAGAAUUUUUGUUCGAUCAAAAGGCCUAUGAAGACUACUCUCCGGUCUACCUUCCAAUCACUUAUGUGUUAUCGUACGGAGUCCAGUUUGCUGCUUUGACCUCUCUUGUCAGCCACACAGUCUGCUGGUACGGGAAGGACAUUUGGCACCAAACCAGAAAGGCUUUUGAAGAAAGACGUGAUGUCCCCGACAUGGAGACUUACCAGCCCCUCCGAGGAGAGGAUGCUUCGGGCCGACAGAGCUUUGACAUCUCGAGGCAUGAAUCACAUGAUCCUAGUCGGGAAGUACCACUGGGGGGAGAAGACGUUCAUUGCCGCUUGAUGAGGCGCUAUAAGGACGCACCCUUGACAUGGUAUCUGGUUGUUCUUGUGUCUAUGUUGGCAAUUGCCACUUUCACCGUGGAAUAUUAUCCCACGCACCUACCUUGGUACGGGCUUCUUUUGGCUCUCAUGAUUACCAGCGUGUUUUUCAUCCCCGUGGGAAUCAUCAUGGCUGUCACGAACCAGCACAGCAGCCUCUAUCUGAUCUGUCAACUUCUCUGUGGAAUUGUAUUCCCGGGUAGACCUGUGGCAAACAUGAUCUUCGUGACGUACUCGUAUAUCAGUUCUGCACAAGGGAUCAAAUUCUCAUCUGAUCUCAAACUCGGGCAUUAUAUGAAGAUCCCACCACGGAUUCUUUUUGGUGUGCAGAUGAUGGCGACUUUGGCGUCUAGUCUCACCCAGAUCGGGGUGUUGAACUGGAUGUUCAGCUAUAUCCCAGGACUGUGUACACCCGAGGCUAUCAACGGAUUCAAUUGCCCUAUCGCUCGCGUGCAUUUCAACGGCAGCAUACUAUGGGGAGUGGUAGGGCCCCAGCGCUUCUUUGGGCCAGGGGGCCUGUAUCGACCUCUCGUGUGGGCAUUCCUCGUGGGUGCUGUGGCCCCCCUAGGUGCUUGGCUCUUGGGGCGACAUAGCAAGAAGAGUUUCUGGCGUCUCGUCAACUUUCCCAUCUUAUUUGGCAGUCUGAGUUGGAUUCCGCCUGCCACGGGGCUCAAUUUCUCCAUUUGGGCGCUGGUCUGUUUCGUGUUCAAUUAUCUGAUCCGAAGACGGAGAACUGCGUGGUGGGAAAAGUACGCCAUGACUCUUUCCGCGGCAUUAGACUCUGGGCUGGCCUUUGCGGUUGUGGUCGUUUUCUUUGCCUUCGUCUACCCGGGUUGGGUGGAUGGAUUCAAGUGGUGGGGAACGGAGAUCUACAAACAGGUAAGAUAUGUCUUCGCUCUUCUGUCUGCCUUUUUCUCUCCCAGACUAUAUACUAAUUGUGUGUUAGGGAUGCGAUUGGGUUGCUUGCCCCUAUAA